AAUGUUUGUUCCAGCGGCGCAGCACGGUGUGAGCUCAGAGGCUCGGGCAGAGGGCACUGGGCACUAGGAGGACUAGGGAGGGCAGCACUGGGGGCAGAGAGAAGACGAGCGGCCGGGUAGACACAUCUGAAGACCCUAUCUGGACUUGCUUGGAGUCGGGACUGGUAGAGCCCAAGAUGCCGUCAGAGCGGCCUUUUAAGCACAGGAGGAGCUUUGCGGAAAGAUGUGCUGAGGUUCGUCAGAUCCGCGAACAGCAUCCCAAUAAAAUCCCAGUUAUUAUUGAGAGAUACAAGGGAGAAAAACAGCUUCCAGUGUUGGAUAAAACCAAAUUCUUGGUGCCAGAUCACGUGAACAUGAGCGAACUGGUGAAGAUCAUCAGGCGUCGACUACAGCUGAACCCGACACAAGCCUUUUUUCUGCUGGUGAACCAGAGGAGCAUGGUUAGCGUGUCCUCUGCCAUCUUGGAUAUAUAUGAGCAGGAGAAGGAUGAAGAUGGCUUCCUGUAUAUGGUGUAUGCCUCACAGGAAACCUUCGGCUAAUGAACCCGCCUAAUAAUGAGUGUGCACACGGCUGAGCUGACAACCACGUAUAUAGUAAGACCUGUGCACACUGACCGUGAUGUGUGAACACACUUUUUUCCACCCUGAUAUGUUUACACGCACAUAAGUACUCUCCAGUAUGAUUACACGGACAUUCCACUUGACUUUGCACGUCUACGUGUGUAGAUCUUCACCCACCCGUAUGCACUUGUUCUCCCAUUUCUACUUCCAUAAUUACACUCUACCCUGCAUGUGCUAAUGCUUCCACCUCUACUGUUAGACAUAUCUCUUUUCUUAUCCGUCAUCUCUAGGCUGGAGGUGGGGACAAAAUUAGAACAAGAUUUUGAAGUAGCACUCCCACAAAAAUGUUUAUUCUCUAACCUGUUAGAAAGUUGCAUGAUGUAAACUAUAUUGCAGGUAAUCCUCUUACCAGUGACUGUAUUUGUGAGUUAUAACCUCCCUUCUGAUGCUCAGCUGUGUCAUGUAAAUUACAUUCUUCAGACUCUCCAACUGACACAGGACAGGAAGUCAGUUACUUCUCUAUUCAUUCCUAUGAGACUGAGCGUGAGGCCCCCCCCCCCUUCCCCCGUAGGGACACAUAGAGAAACUGGCUUUCUGUCCACACGUAAGGUGAUGUUAUUUGGAUUGGUCAGAGUGCUGGUCACGUGACACAGCUCAGGAUCAGAAGGGAGGUUAUAGCUCACAGCAACAGUCUUUGGUAAGAAAAUUACCUUUACUACAGAUUACGUAGUGCUACUUUAAGUGACA